AUGGCCGACAAACAAGCAACAGUUUAUAUCGUGGACCUCGGAGCUUCUAUGGGCGCCCACAAUGCUGGGAGAACGGAAACGGAUCUUGAAUAUGCUUUAAAAUAUCUAUGGGAUCGUAUCGCGACAACAGUUUCGAAUGGUCGAAAGACGGACACGAUUGCAGUCGUUGGGUUCCGAACCGAUGGUAGCGAUAACAGCCUUUUCCAAAACGAUGAAAAUUACUCCAACAUCAGUAUCCUGAGUCCCAUGAGUCAGUUUCUUAUGCCGCAGAUACGUGAGCUCAACAAACUUCUGGAACCGAGCGCAACUGAUCGAGGGGACGGUGUUUCUGCCUUGGUUGUCGCCCUCGAUAUGAUCGAAAAAUAUUGCAAAAAGCUGAAAUACAUUCGCAACAUCGUCUUUUUGACUAACGGCACCGGAAAUUUCGAUUUUGAUGGGAUCAAUGAUAUCAUCGAGCAAAUUACAGAACAGAAAAUCAACCUCACUAUUCUUGGAGUCGAUUUCGAUGACUUAGAAUUCGGGGUUGCGGAAAAGGACAAAAGUCUCGACAAGGCAGAAAACGAAAGGGCGCUUAGGGAGCUAUGUGAUCAAUGCGAUGGUAUGUACGGCACAAUAGCAGAAGCUAUAGAAGAGAUCCAACGCCCUAGGACCAAGAAAACUAGGCCCGUUCAUUCGUUUCGGGGUCAAUUGUCGAUUGGAAACGAGUCCACCAACCCGAGAUCGACACUUCUAAUUGACGUGGAACGUUUUCCUCGCACAAUGGUUGCAAAGCCUCCUACAGCUUCUAGUUUUGCAGUACCCUCUGAACGGGAUUCAGUGGGUGGCAAUCUUCAUAAAAUUCGAAAUACAAGGACUUUCCAAGUAGGGGACGAGGAUGCACCAGGGAAAGCCAUUGACAUUGAACAAGAGGACAUGGCCAAGGGUUAUCUCUACGGACGGACAAUCGUGCCUAUUAGUGUGGAAGACCAGGAGAUUGUAAAAUUCGAUACCGAGGCGAGUCUCAAAAUUGUUGGAUUCAUACCGAAAUCUGGAUUCGAAAGACCUAUAUGUCUUUCAAAUAGCAAUAUUAUCGUUGCGUCUAAAGCAAACGAUGAAGCGAUCAUGGCGCUAUCUUCAUUCAUACACGCCCUUUAUGAAUUGGAUUCCCUGGUUAUUGGGAGGCUGGUAACCAAGGAUGAUAAACCCCCCGUUAUGAUUGCUAUGGCGCCGAUCAUCGAGCCUAGCUUUGAGUGUCUCGUUGAAGUCCAGCUGCCUUUUGCUGAGGACGCGAGACAAUACAAAUUUGCACCACUCAAUACCGUUAGGACGACAGCCGGAAAGGUUCUCGACAAACACAGGCUCAUACCGACCCAAGAAUUGCAAGAGGCGAUGGACGAUUACGUUGAUUCGAUGGAUCUAAUGAAUCUCGAAGGCUUAAAUGACCCAUUGCUUCCUUUCGCCCAACCAGAAGAUAUUUUUUCACCGCUUCUACAUCGGAUACAACAGGUAAUCCGUGCUCGGGCCAUUGCGCCUAAUAGUGAUGGGAUUCCUGAAGUUAGCCCCAUUCUUCUGAACUACUCUACAAUCCAUCUGGGGCUAGAUCCUGAGGAGGAUCUUGAUAGACUAAAACAGGCCGCCGACGUUUGUUUGGUUCCUGCAAAAGCCAAAGGGAAGAAGAUCGGAAGGGACAAGCCACUAUCAGGCCUCGACGUGGGUAGGCUUUUAGAGGAACGUACGAAAUCCAAACGAAUCGAUAAGAACAACCCUAUCCCAGAAUUCAGACAGAUGAUUGCGUCGGCACAACAAAGAGAGGACAUCCAGCUUUUAGUACAACAGAUGGGCGAUAUCAUUAAGGACAUAAUCCGGUAUAGCAUUGCCGACUUGCACUAUAGCCGAGCUAUUGAAUGCCUGAGAGCUCUGAGGGAAGAUUGUAUAACUUUGGAGGCAUUUGAAUUCUAUGAUUCAUUUAUACGAGAGCUAAAAUCAUUUACAGAAGCAGACCGCAAAGAUUUCUGGUCUAGGGUGAGGAAGGAUAAACUUGGUCUGGUGCUUCCUACGGAAGAUAUUCGUUCGAAGACAACCAUCGAAGAGAGCAAUAGAUUGUAUUAUGGGAGGUAG